AUGCUCAAGUGGCGUCAAACGGACAUAUACGACGCCGCAUAUCAAGACUCACUCCGUAAUGACACCAUCACUGCCACUGCCAAGACUGCUGUAUGGAAACAGAUGAUCUCCAGGAAUAACAAAGUGAUGCCUCCCAAGUCACCCGCAGGUUCAUACAAGGCUAUUUUUCGUGUUCGCGGAGGUUUCAACGCCUCCCGCUUCAGCCACUUCCAACUCUCCAAGCUUCUCUCUACGGUAGCCGGCGUUCCAGCCACUAUGGAGCUGCGACAAGACGUCCUUACCAUCAACGCCACCACCAACACAGUUACCCUCAGCACGGAAAGCUACGAUCGCCUGACGAAAUAUCUCGGCAUCAAGUCGCUCACGGUCGGCGGCCAAGAGCACGAAGUCACCUCCUACAGCGUUCCGAAUUCCGAGACGUGCAAAGGCAUUAUCUACAUCGACAGAUGUGCACUGCGAUAUAAGCCCAAGAUCUCAAUCCCCAAGGCUGACAAGACUCCUCCUCCAUCAAAGACCAAAUCUCCUCCUUCGACCAAGAAGCAGGAACCUCUUCCUAAGAAAAAGAAAGAUGAAGAUUGGCCUCUUCUAUCGGCUGCUCCCUCUAACAAGACAUCAAGCCCACCUCAGACUGCCGCGGCCGACAAAAUUGCUAAAGGCUACCGGCUUCAAGAAGGUAAACUUUUUAAACAGGACGGAGCCUCCUGGUGUCUGGCUCCUCACGGAGCCAGACACCAGCUUCAGGCAGCAUGCUCGAGCGACGCCGUCGCGACCAAGAAGCAGUUCCGUCACCCGGGCCAGCUUCCGCAGGAUAGGCGGCGAAUCGUCGUCGUGCACCAGGACGACGUCUCCUACUUGAAGUCGGACAUCUACUUCAAGAAGGGCACCGACGAUCCUCUCACCAAAGGCGACAUUCUGAAAAAUCCGGACCUGGCAAGUACUUACCAAAAACUAAUGGAAGAGGGCGUUGACUACUUUUACAAGGGAGCUUUGGCAGAGAAGAUCGUAGAAGCGGUCAACAAAUCGCAUGGCAUAUUAGAAAAGGACGACCUUGCGAAUUACAAGGUCCGCUGGGUGGAACCAGUCAAGAGGAAGUUCAAAGACGGCCGCACGAUGUACUCGGUGCGACCACCGGCUAGCGGUCCGGUACUUGCCUACAUUUUGGGCAUUGUGGAUGAGAUCAGAAAAGCAGCAGAUGACACUAUUAAUGAUGACUCCCUGAACUACCACAGGUUUGUCGAGGCUCUUAAGUUCGCAUACGCUAAGAGAGCACUUCUUGGAGAUGAAACAAUGGAAGCAAGCGUCGCAAAGGUGACUGAAGACCUUUUGUCAGAAGAAACGGCGAACACCUCCAAAGCCAAGAUUGACGAUUCGAAAACUCAUGAUGAUCUCAGUUUCUAUGGAAUGACCGACGCAGCGCAACAGGAUAGCGGCACUUCUCAUUCUUGCUACUGGGACAAGGACAACAACGUGGUGGCCAUAACGAGCAGCGUGAACUACGAUUUCGGCAGUCACGUGAUGCCCAGCGGCACUGGCUUUGUCCUGAACGACCAGAUGGACGACUUCUCAACGCCAGGGUUAAUCAACGCCUACGGCAUACACCCUUCGCGCGUGAACUUCAUUGCGCCAAACAAGAUUCCUCAGUCCUCGAUGGUGCCAACCAUAAUCCUUGAUAAGAACGGUGACCCAGAAAUGUGCAUCGGCGGUUCUGGAGGCUCCCGCAUCACCAGCGGCGUGGCAUUGGUGACGAUGCGCACUCUUUGGCAAGGAAAGACCAUCAAGCAAGCCAUCGAUGAACCAAGAGUUCACCACCAAUUGCUGCCAACCGACCUGGAGGUGGAAGAACAUUUUCCCAAGGUAUACGUGAGCCAAUUAAAGAAAAAAGGUCACAAGAUCAAAGUCAAGGAAAUCAUGGCUAACGUUAUGACCGGCAUCCACAGGCGAGAUGGCCGACUCUACGCCAACACCGAUUUCAGGAAGGAUAGCACUGUCGAUGGGGAUUGAUGGAUAUCAAUUGAGCCUUGCUUUACCAGUGAAGAUCCACGGAAAAUAA